AUGCCCAAAUUCAAGGCGGCUCGAGGAGCCGCAGGUCAGGAGAAACAUGCGCCCCUGGCCGAGCAGAUCCUGGCUGGGGACGCGGUGCGGGCAGGGUCCCGGCAAAAGCGGCGGGGUCGCGGUACCGGAGAAGAGGAGGAAGAGUAUGUGGGGCCCAGGCUAACCCGACGGAUUUUGCAACAAGCGCGGAAGCAGCAGGACGAGCUCGAGGCCGAGCAUGGGACAGGGGACAAGCCUGCAGCGCCACGGGAGCGCACCACGCGGCUGGGUCCGGGGGUCCCACAGGAUGGAUCAGAUGAUGAGGACGAGGAGUGGCCCACCCUGGAGAAGGCUGCUACAAUGACAGGGGCAGGCCAUCAUGCAGAAGUGGUCGUGGACCCUGAGGAUGAGCGUGCCAUUGAGAUGUUCAUGAACAAGAACCCUCCUGCCAGGCGCACGCUGGCUGACAUCAUCAUGGAGAAGCUGACUGAGAAGCAGACUGAAGUUGAGACGGUUAUGUCAGAGGUGUCAGGCUUCCCUAUGCCGCAGCUGGACCCGCGCGUUCUGGAGGUCUACAGAGGGGUCCGGGAGGUGUUAUCUAAGUACCGCAGUGGGAAGCUGCCCAAGGCCUUCAAGAUCAUCCCUGCACUCUCCAACUGGGAGCAGAUCCUCUACGUCACAGAACCCGAGGCCUGGACAGCAGCUGCCAUGUACCAAGCCACGAGGAUUUUCGCCUCUAACCUCAAGGAACGCAUGGCCCAGCGCUUCUACAACCUUGUCCUGCUGCCCCGGGUACGAGAUGACAUCGCUGAAUACAAACGACUCAACUUCCACCUCUACAUGGCGCUCAAGAAGGCUCUGUUCAAGCCUGGAGCCUGGUUUAAAGGGAUCCUGAUCCCACUCUGCGAGUCUGGCACCUGUACCCUCCGGGAAGCCAUCAUCGUGGGGAGCAUCAUCACCAAAUGCUCCAUCCCUGUGUUGCACUCCAGUGCUGCCAUGCUGAAAAUCGCCGAGAUGGAAUACAGUGGUGCCAACAGCAUCUUCCUGCGCCUGCUGCUGGAUAAGAAGUACGCACUGCCCUACCGGGUGCUAGACGCCCUGGUCUUCCACUUCCUGGGCUUCCGGACGGAGAGGCGCGAACUGCCCGUGCUCUGGCACCAGUGUCUCCUGACUCUGGUCCAGCGCUACAAGGCAGACCUGGCCACAGACCAGAAAGAGGCCCUCCUGGAGCUGCUCCGGCUCCAGCCCCAUCCGCAGCUCUCCCCCGAGAUCAGGCGUGAGCUUCAGAGCGCCGUGCCACGAGACGUGGAAGAUGUCCCUGUCACCAUGGAGUGAGGAAAGUUUCUCAUGCUGGUCUAAGGGGCCCUGGGGGGAUACCAGGAUCCCUGCUGGGGACACCGAGCUUUUUCAGCUGAAGUCCCAGAUCAGGGCAGUGAGAGAGGGACAGAGACGAGGACUAAGGGUCUGGCUGGUCCCUGCUCCCUGCCUGGGGCUUGGAACAGGUUCUUUCUCUCAGGCUCUGUGUCACCUCACUGGGAUGUGGAUAAAAACCAAAGGCAGGUAUUUAUUGAA